CAAGAACACACACACUUUUCUUCCUCACACACACACACACACACACACACUCAGGAGUUGGAUGGAUGUUUUACUUCAGAGGGUUUAUUUUCUGAACACGACUUUACUGACACUCUCUCUCUCUCUCUCUCUCUCUCUCUCUCUCUCUCUCUCUUUCUCUCUUUCUGUUUCUCUUGCUCUUUUUCACUCUCUCUCACUCUGUCACACACACACACACACACACGCUCCUCACAGGAGAGCGACACAUUUUCUCCCUUUUUUUAAAUUUUUUUCCCCUUCCUGCUGUGUGGAGGCUCCUCGGAGCGGUCAGCGCAGUGACCAUGCUUGCCGAGAGUCAAUCCCAGAGUGAAGAUGAGACCAUGGUCCCGGUACUAACGUCCAAAAGAGCCAGUGAACUUCCGGUCAACGAAGUGGUGUGUGCGCUGCAGGCUGACCUGCAGUUUGGUCUCACUGAUGCGGAGGUCAGCAGGAGGAGAGCGUAUCACGGAUGGAACGAGUUCGACAUCAGUGAGGAUGAGCCGCUCUGGAGGAAGUACCUGUCUCAGUUUAAAGAUCCUCUCAUCAUGUUGCUCCUGGCAUCUGCGGUGAUCAGUGUAGUGAUGCGUCAGUUUGAUGACGCCGUCAGCAUCACCGUGGCGAUCAUCAUCGUGGUUACUGUGGCCUUCGUACAGGAAUACCGCUCUGAGAAGUCCCUGGAGGAGUUGGGGAAACUGGUGCCUCCGGAAUGUCACUGUGUGAGAGAAGGUCGUCUAGAACACAUGCUGGCGAGGGAACUUGUUCCUGGAGACACGGUUUGCCUCUCUGUGGGUGAGAGAGUCCCGGCUGACCUCCGCCUUUUCGAGGCGAUAGAUCUGAGUGUAGAUGAGUCCAGUCUAACAGGUGAGACCACGCCCUGCUCUAAGACAGUUGCCCCUCAGCUGGUGAGCAGUGAUCUCACGUCCCGGAGUAACAUCUCCUUCAUGGGGACGCUAGUGUGCUCCGGCAAGGCCAAGGGAAUCGUCAUAGGUACGGGAGAGAGCUCCGAAUUUGGAGAGGUCUUCAAAAUGAUGCAAGCAGAAGAGUCUCCUAAAACUCCACUCCAGAAGAGCAUGGACGUUCUGGGGAAGCAGCUCUCGCUCUACUCCUUCUGCAUCAUAGGUGUCAUCAUGAUGGUGGGCUGGCUGCAGGGGAAAAACAUCCUGGACAUGUUCACUAUAGGAGUCAGUUUGGCAGUAGCCGCUAUCCCAGAAGGCCUGCCCAUCGUGGUGACGGUCACUCUCGCUCUAGGUGUGAUGAGGAUGGUGAACAAGAGAGCCAUCGUCAAGAAGCUGCCCAUAGUCGAGACACUCGGUUGCUGUAACGUGAUCUGCUCGGAUAAAACGGGAACUUUGACCAAGAACGAGAUGACGGUCACUCAGAUCUUCACCUCUGAUGGGCAGCGUGCUGAGGUGACAGGUGUGGGCUAUAACGGAGCAGGUGAGGUGCUGAUUGAUGGAAAGGUGGUUCACGGCUUCUCCAACAUCUCCGUCAGUAAACUCGUGGAGGCCGGCUGUGUGUGUAACGAUGCUGUAGUGAGGAACAACACACUGAUGGGUCGACCCACAGAGGGCGCUCUCAUUGCUCUGGCCAUGAAGGUGGGACUAGAAAGCGUGCAGCAGGAGUUUGUACGUUUGGAAGAGAUCCCGUUCACCUCAGAGCAGAAGUGGAUGGCCGUUCGCUGUGUCCAUCGCACUCAGCAGGACAAACCUGGUGUGUUUUUCGUGAAAGGAGCGUUUGAGAAAGUGAUCCAGUUCUGUAAGACCUACCACAGUAAAGGUGCCUCAUUGCCUCUGAGUAACCAGCAGAGGGCGCUGUACCAGCAGGAGAAGACCUACAUGGGCAGUGCAGGACUCAGAGUUCUGGCCUUCGCCUCAGGAGACGAAAUGAGUUCUCUGACGUUCCUCGGCCUGGUCGGCAUCAUCGAUCCUCCGAGGUCAGGUGUUAAGGAAGCCGUGAUGACGCUGGUCAGCUCUGGAGUGUCCGUCAAGAUGAUCACCGGAGACUCUCAGGAGACGGCUGUGGCCAUCGCGAAUCGUCUGGGUCUGUACGCUAAAGGAGCUCAGUGUUUGUCCGGAGAUGAGGUGGAUGUCAUGGACAUUCAGGAGCUCUCUCAGAUCGUCUCCAGGACGGUGGUGUUUUACAGAGCCAGUCCCAGACACAAACUAAAAAUAGUCAAGUCCCUGCAGAGCAUCGGUGCAGUGGUGGCGAUGACGGGCGACGGUGUGAAUGAUGCUGUAGCUCUGAAAGCGGCUGAUAUCGGGGUGGCCAUGGGUCAGUCCGGCACAGAUGUGUGUAAGGAAGCAGCGGACAUGAUCCUGGUGGACGAUGACUUCCAGACCAUCAUGUCAGCCAUCGAGGAGGGAAAGGGCAUUUACAACAACAUCAAGAACUUUGUGCGUUUUCAGCUCAGCACGAGUAUCGCAGCCCUUACACUCAUCUCUCUGGCCACUCUGAUGAAUUUCCCGACUCCUCUGAACGCCAUGCAGAUUCUCUGGAUCAACAUCAUCAUGGAUGGACCUCCAGCUCAGAGUUUGGGUGUUGAGCCUGUAGAUGGCGACGUGAUCCGUAAACCUCCACGAAACGUGCGAGACAGCAUCCUGACCCGCAGCCUGAUUGUGAAGGUGCUGGUCUCGUCCUUCAUCAUCGUCUGCGGCACGCUCUUCGUCUUCUGGAGAGAGCUGCGUGACAACGAGAUCACACCUCGUGACACCACCAUGACCUUCACCUGCUUCGUCUUCUUUGAUAUGUUCAACGCCCUCAGCUCUCGCUCACAGACCCGUAUGGUACAUGAGAUGGGUUUGUGUAGUAACAAGACAUUCUGCUUCGCUGUUCUUGCCUCCAUCAUGGGGCAGUUGCUGGUCAUCUACUUCCCUCCACUGCAGAAAGUGUUUCAGACUGAGAGCCUGAACGUUCUGGAUCUGAUCUUCCUGGUCAGCUUGACGUCCUCCGUGUGCUUUGUGUCCGAACUCAUAAAGAUGCUGGAGAGAUGGAGAGGAGGAGAAGAAAAAGAAGAGAAACAGGAGUCUAACUCUUUCCAUGUCGUAUGACGAACGUUGCAUCUCUGUAAGGAGCGCAGGGCGUCUUCUUGUUGAAGGGGGCGGGGUUUAUGGGGAUAUGGGUGGGGUUUCCAGGAUUUCUGGGGGGGUUUCGGUUUAUCGGAUUUGCACUGGCUUGUCCGCGUCUCAGACUUCAUCAAGGAGCAGAAGGAGAGGUUGAAGGGCGUCCUUUUUCGGGGUUGUUUCUGCUCGGAGUGGAUGCGAGUGCCGAGGGAGAGUCGAACCCCGUCUCGGACCUUGCCGUGCUGCUUUAAGACUCCACUAUGACUCCGUAACGUCUGGAUGAAGCGUAUUGAUCAGACUCUGUCAGGCUGUCGAUGUCUCCUGAUUAUAUAUGCCUCUAAAUUUUUUUUUAUUCUUCUCUCUCUCUCUCUCUCUCUCUCUCUCAGCUCCCUGAACUGUUGCUGGUUGUAGUUUUGUGGAACAAUACGGCUAACGCCUCUUUGCAUUCUGGCAACUCGAGCUUGAGUAAUGGUGUCAGCUAGGCAUGUGCCAAUAACUGGUUUUAGUUUUCCUUCAGAAAUGUGGUCCAUUCAGCUGUCCAGGUGCUGACAGACCUGGUACGUAAACCCGAGACACGUUAAUACGGUAAACUGUGAGGAGUUACACCAUCAUGGUGUCGUGACCGGAACAUGGGCACAUGCCUAGGGUCAGCGUCCGAUGGGGAAACUAAUCCCCACGAUGCCCCCCGAAGCCACAGGAUAGAUUUAAUUCCUUAUGACAUCCUUAUGACACUCUAUAUAUAUAUUCUCUCCUGACAUGGCUGAUAGAUUAUCAUUAUUAUUAUUAUUAUUAUAAUUAUAAUAAUUUUUAUUCUCAUUAUUAUUAUUAUUAAAAACGUUUGAAAUGAUACUUUACUCACAAAUCGGGCGAUUAGACAAUUUACUAAGCAUUAUUUCUGCACUGUUUCCCUGAGGCAGAGGUGAAGGCAUGGAUAGCACUUUUUUUAAAACAAGAAAAGCCGGACAGCUACUACGUCGUGAAGGUUAUUAGCCGAAACGUUGCAUCUGGACGCGGCGUAAUCCACAGCCUUUAGCUCAGGCGCGGAGGCUCGGACACCAUGGCACGUGUCUGCGUCUUUAACAGGCACUUUAUUAGAAACACAUCAAUGACGUCUGACUCGACCAAAAUCUUUUUAUUUCUGAAUUAAUAAAUAUAAAUAUAUUAUAAAAUAAUUUGUUAUAUUUUUUGUUUGAUAUUUUAUUAUAUUGAGUGCAAACACUGGAUCCUUAGUGAGAAACAUCAUUAAACAACGGCGUCGCUGUUUGCUGUGACCCAUCCCACAUUGCAUUGGCCCCGCCCCCAAGAACUCGAGAGGUACAGUUCCAGUAGCUUGAAGCUUCGUGUUUGAGAAUCCAGACUCUCACUUGCUUCUUUACACAAAAUCUUUAGAAAUUUAUUCCAAUGUCAUGGAGUUUGGAGGAAAAUUGAUGGGAAAUAUUUUGGCAGAGACAGACGUCAUUGUGGAGUGAAGGGGAACAGCACUGGGUACUGAGAAUACCUGUUCUGGUGAAAGGUGUGUUUUGGAGUUCUGAAGAUCAGCGUGUGUCCCUGUAACCGUGUGCGUGUGUGUGUGUGUGUGUGUGUGUGUGUGUGUGCAGUACUGUAGCGUGUUCAUGCUGGGUUGAAGUUUUUUUUUUUUCACACUUAAGAAUAUUCUCAGUAACCUAUUUAAAAGCUGUAAUGUUCUAAAAGCUUUUUAUUUGAUCAGAGUGAUAAAUUUAAGCAGCCAGUGAAACACCGUAAACAUCAGAGACUCAGUCGACAUAGCUGCGGUCACUGCGUCCGAACCCGAAAGCCCCCGCUGAUGAGAAAGAGACGAAGCCGUUCAUUCCGUCGACGCCGUAAACAGCGGUCAGUGGUCAGGGGAUUAUUGGCGAUGCCUAGCUGACCGCAGCGAGCAGCUCUACCCAGCUCCACACACCUUUCUUCAUAUUGAGGAACGAUACACUGAAUUUUUUGCAGUCUGUUAUGAUGUGGUUAUUUCUUUCCUCUUUACAGCGGUGUGUUUGUUCUUAUGCUCCAAUCACUGAAGAAUUCGUGACUUUGUUUUACAUCAUUUCCUUGGGUCAGUGUGUAUGUGUUUAUUGUUUUGUUUUUUUCCUUCUUCUUCCUGAACUGGUCACAGCUGAAAUGGAGUUUGGGGAUUAUUAUUAUUAUUAUUAUUAUUAUUAUUAUUAUUAAUUUU